AUGACCAAACACACCCCCGACUCCCUGCGCUCCCGCGUCUCCUCCCUCUCCCUCCGCCUUCAAGCAAUGGAAGCCGCCGAGGCCCUCUCGCGAUCCCAAUCCCCCGCGCCCUCCAUGGCCACUUCGACGACACUCCCCGCCGUCGCCUCCAAGCCCUUCCUCCUCGCCGACAUGGACGGCCGCCCCGCCGCCUCCAACCCCGUCUGCGAGUCGUGCUGGAACGCUCUCCGCUACAGCGAGGUCAAGCAGACCACCCGCGCCUCCCCGUCCGCCUGCAAGCUCUGCGCCGUCUCCGCCGGCAAGCCCGAGGCCUACACCCAGCCUUUCGUCGACUUCCUCUCCGAGAACCCCACCAUCUUCCACGCCGUCUCCUACUUCAAGUCCAAGCUCGCCGCCGCCGGCUUCACGGAGCUCCCUGCCCGCGACAGCUGGUCCGACAAGCUCCAGCCUGGAGGAAAGUACUGGACCACCCGCAACGGCACCGGCCUCAUCGCCUUCACCGUCGGCGAGGCCUACAAGCCCGGCAACGGCGUCGCCAUGAUCGCAGGCCACAUCGACGCCCUCACCGCGAAGCUCAAGCCCGUCAGCACGAAGCCCACCCGCGCCGGGUACCACCAGCUCGGCGUCGCCCCCUACGCCGGCGCCCUCAACCAGACCUGGUGGGACCGCGACCUCUCCAUCGGCGGCCGCGUCAUCGUCCGCGACGACAACAACAAGACCUCCUCCAAGCUCGUCCGCCUCGACUGGCCCAUCGCCCGCAUCCCCACCCUCGCGCCUCACUUCGGCGUCGGCAUGAUGGGCCAGAACAACCCCGAGACCCAAGCCGUCCCCAUCAUCGGCCUCGAGAACCCCGACGCCGACGCCGCCGCCGCCGCCGCCGCCGAACCCCUCGGCCCCAAGGGCGCCUUCAUCAACACCCAGCCCCCGAAGCUCGUCAAGCUCGUCUCCAAGGAACUCGGCCUCUCCUCCCCAACCCAGAUCGUCAACUGGGAGCUCGAGCUCUACGACUCCCAGCCCGCCCAGACCGGCGGCCUCGACCGCGAGUUCAUCUUCGGCGGCCGCAUCGACGACAAGCUCUGCUCCUGGGCCGCCUUCACCGCCCUCCUCGCCGCCGACUCGGACCCCGCCGACGGCGUGAUCAAGCUCGUCGCCCUCUUCGACGACGAGGAGAUCGGCUCCCUCCUCCGCCAGGGCGCCCGCUCCAACUUCCUCCCCCUCACCAUCGAACGCGCCGUCGAGUCCCUCACAACCCACGCGGACUCCGUCCCCUUCGGCACCGACGUCCUCGCCCGCACCUUCGCCUCCUCCUUCCUCCUCUCCGCCGACGUCACCCACGCCGGCAACCCCAACUUCCUCGGCCUCUACCUCGACGACCACGUCCCCAAGCUCAACGUCGGCAUCGCCAUCUGCGGCGACAGCAACGGCCACAUGACCACCGACGCCGUCUCCACCGCCAUCCUCCAGCGCGUCGGCGAGCUCGCGGGAGCACCCACCCAGACCUUCCAGAUCCGCAACGACACCCGCAGCGGCGGCACCGUCGGCCCCGCCCUCAGCAGCGCCAUGGGCGUCAAGGCCGCCGACGCCGGCCUGCCCCAGCUGAGCAUGCACUCCAUCCGCGCCACCACCGGCGCCCUGGACCCCGGCCUGGGCGUCAAGUUCUUCAAGGGCUUCUUGGACCUGUGGGAGAAGGUCGACGGCGAGUGGCACUAA